AAUGGAUCGAACAUAACAACGGGGAACUUUACGAAUCAGUUUGUUCAGCCACCUUGGCAAGUUGCCCUGUGGUCGGUCGCCUACAGCUCCGUUUUGGCGGUGGCUGUGUUCGGAAACCUCAUUGUCAUAUGGAUAAUUCUCGCCCACAAACGAAUGCGGACAGUCACCAACUAUUUCCUUUUGAACUUGGCAUUUUCGGACGCAUCCAUGGCCGCCUUCAACACAUUAAUUAAUUUCAUAUAUGCUGCCCACGGAGACUGGUACUUCGGAGAGGCUUAUUGCAGGUUUCACAACUUUUUCCCCGUCACCUCCGUGUUCGCAAGCAUCUAUUCGAUGACUGCAAUUGCCGUUGAUAGGUACAUGGCCAUCAUCCACCCUCUGAAGCCACGGUUGUCGGCCACAGCCACCAAGGUGGUGAUCAUGUGUAUCUGGGCGCUGGCUGUGGUGCUGGCCUUCCCCCUCUGCUUCUACUCCACCAUCCGCAUCCUGCCCCGCCGGACCAUCUGCUAUGUGGCCUGGCCCCGCAAGGAGGACGACCCCUUCAUGUUUCAUAUCAUUGUGAUGCUACUGGUUUACCUACUGCCCCUAAUGGUAAUGGGCAUCACCUACACCAUCGUCGGGGUGACGCUGUGGGGGGGAGAGAUCCCGGGGGAUUCAUCUGACAACUACCACGGCCAGCUCCGGGCCAAGAGGAAGGUGGUCAAGAUGAUGAUCAUUGUGGUGGUGACCUUCGCCCUCUGCUGGCUGCCGUACCACGUCUACUUCAUCGUGACGGGCCUCAACAAGGCUCUGAUGAGGUGGAAGUCCAUCCAGCAGGUCUACCUGUCAGUGAUGUGGCUGGCCAUGAGCUCCACCAUGUACAAUCCCAUCAUCUACUGCUGCCUGAACAGCAGGUUCCGGGCUGGCUUCAAGCAGGCGUUCCGCUGGUGCCCCUUCGUCCAGGUGUCCAGCUAUGAUGAGCUGGAGCUGAGGGCCACCCGCCUCCACCCGGCCCGCCAGAGCAGCAUGUACACCCUGUCCCGCAUGGAUACCUCCGUGGUAGUGGCGUAUGACCCUGUAGACGGAACAAACAACCAGAACCAGGCCAGGAAGAAGAGCUACGUCAACCAGAGAAUGGAAAACGGGCUUGGUUGCAAUGGGAACGGGGCCAAGGCUAAGGCAGGCUGCGCCCCCAAUGCUGAGGCUGAGGACUUCUCCUAA